UGCUCCCCCUUCGGCCGGCAGGACGGCCGGCAGGAUGGCGGAGGAGACGGCCGUCGCCGUCUGUGUGCGCGUGCGGCCUCUCAACAGCAGAGAAGAAGCUCUUGGAGAAUAUACACAGGUUUACUGGAAAACGGACAAUAAUGCUAUUUACCAAGUUGAUGGAAGUAAAUCCUUCAAUUUUGAUCGUGUCUUUCACAGUAAUGAAUCUACUAAAAAUGUGUAUGAAGAAAUAGCAGUACCAAUCAUAGAUUCUGCCAUACAAGGCUACAAUGGUACUGUAUUUGCCUAUGGGCAGACUGCUUCAGGAAAAACAUAUACCAUGAUGGGUUCAAAAGAUUAUUUGGGAGUAAUACCCAGGGCAAUUCAUGACAUUUUCCAAAAAAUUAAGAAGUUUCCUGAUAGGGAAUUUCUCUUACGUGUGUCUUACAUGGAGAUAUACAAUGAAACCAUUACAGACUUACUCUGUGACACUCAAAAAAUGAAGCCUUUAAUAAUUCGAGAAGACUUCAACAGGAAUGUGUAUGUGGCUGAUCUCACAGAAGAAGUUGUUUAUACACCAGAAAUGGCUUUGAAGUGGAUCACAAAAGGAGAAAAGAACAGACAUUAUGGAAUUACAAAAAUGAAUCAAAGAAGCAGUCGUUCUCAUACCAUUUUUAGGAUGAUUUUGGAAAGCAGAGAGAAAGGUGAACCCUCUAAUUGUGAAGGAUCUGUCAAGGUGUCCCAUUUGAAUUUGGUUGAUCUUGCAGGCAGUGAAAGAGCUGCUCAAACAGGUGCUGAAGGUGUGCGACUCAAGGAAGGCUGUAAUAUAAAUCGUAGCUUAUUUAUUUUGGGACAAGUGAUCAAGAAACUUAGUGACGGACAAGUUGGUGGUUUCAUAAAUUAUCGAGAUAGCAAAUUAACACGAAUUCUCCAGAAUUCCUUGGGAGGAAAUGCAAAAACGCGUAUUAUCUGCACAAUUACUCCAGUGUCUUUGGAUGAAACCCUGACUACUCUCCAGUUUGCCAGCACUGCUAAAUAUAUGAAGAAUACUCCUUAUGUUAAUGAGGUAUCAAGUGAUGAAGCUCUCCUGAAAAGAUAUAGAAAAGAAAUAAUGGAUCUUAAAAAACAAUUAGAGGAGGUUUCUUUAGAGACUCGGGCCCAGGCAAUGGAAAAAGACCAAUUGGCCCAACUUUUGGAAGAAAAAGAUUUGCUUCAAAAAGUGCAGAUUGAGAAAAUUCAAAACUUAACACGGAUGCUGGUGACCUCUUCUUCCCUCACAUCACAACAGGAAUUAAAGGCUAAAAAAAAACGAAGAGUCACUUGGUGCGUUGGCAAAAUUAACAAAAUGAAGGACUCAAACUAUGUAAAUGAAUUUAAUAUGCCAGCGAAUAUAACAACAAAGACACAUAAAGUUGCUCUGACUUUAGGAGGAGAAAUUGAUGAAUCUCUCUGUUCAGAGUCUGAUGUUUUCAGUAACACUCUUGAUACAUUAACUGAGAUAGAGUGGAAUCCAGCAACAAAGCUGCUAAGUCAGGAAAACUUAGAAAGUGAGUUGAAUUCACUUCGUGCUAACUAUGAUAAUCUGGUAUUAGACUAUGAACAACUAAGAAGAGAGAAUGAAGAAAUGGAAUCGAAAUUAAAAGAAAAGAAUGAUUUGGAUGAAUUUGAGGCUCUAGAAAGAAAAACAGAAAAAGAUCAAGAGAUGCAACUAAUUCAUGAAAUUUCCAACUUAAAGAAUUUAGUUAAGCAUGCAGAAGUGUAUAAUCAAGAUCUUGAGAAUGAACUAAGUUCAAAAGUAGAGCUGCUUAGAGAAAAGGAAGACCAGAUUAAAAAGCUACAGAAAUACAUAGACUCUCAAAAAUCAGAAAAUAUGAAAAUGGACUUGUCAUACUCAUCGGAAAACACUCAAGACCUGAAACAGAUGAAACAGACUCUGCUUGAUGCUGAGGCUGUAGCCCUUGAUGCCAAGAGAGAAGCAGCCUGUCUUAGGAGUGAAAAUCUGGAGCUAAAACAGAAAAUGAAAGAACUUGCAAGUGCAUGCAAGCAAAUGGAAAAUGAUAUUCAGUUAUAUCAAAGCCAACUGGAGGCAAAGAAAAAAAUACAAGUUGAUCUGGAGAAAGAAUUACAAUCUUCUUUUAAUGAAAUAACAAAACUCACCUCCCUUACAGAUGGCAAAGUUCCAAAAGAUUUGCUCUGUAGUUUGGAAUCGGGAAGAAAGAUUACUGAUCUCCAGAAAGAACUGAGUAAAGAAGUUGAAGAAAAUGAAGCUUUGCGUAAAGAAGUUAAUUUGCUCUCAGAAUUGAAAUCUUUACCUUCAGAAGUAGAAAUGCUAAGGAAAAUGAUACAUGAUAAAUCUGAAGAGCUCUAUAUAAUAACAUCAGAAAGAGACAAAUGGUUUUCUGAAUUAGUUCAUAAAGAGAGUAGAAUUCAAGAUUUACUUGAAGAAAUGGGGAAAACUAAAAAUGACCUAGCAACUACCCAGCUGAAUUAUAAAAGAACUGAUCAAGAAUUCCAAGAUUUUAAAAAUCAUCAUAUUGAAUUUGAGCAAAAGUAUGAGAUGGUCCUUGAGGAGAAUGCAAGAAUGAGUCAGGAAAUAGGAAAUCUCGCUAAAGAAGCUCAAAAACUUGGUUUAAGUUUGGCUGCUUUGAACGUAGAGCUUUCUCACACAACCCAAGAACUUCAGCAGAAAACAACUGAGAGUCAAGAAAGGUUAAACGAAGUGCAGGAGCUGAAGCAACAAUUAGAAAGUAGAGAUUCUAGGCUUCAAACGGUUGAAAGGGAAAAGACACUGAUUACUGAGAAACUUCAGCAAACCUUCGGAGAAGUAAGAACCUUAACCCAAGAAAAGGAUGACCUAAAACAACUCCUAGACAGCCUGCGAAUUGAGAGAGACCAACUCAAAAGUGACAUUGAGGAUACUGUAAACAUGAACAUAGACACCCAAGAACAAUUACUAAAUGCUCUUGAGUCUUUGAAACAACACCAAGAAACAGUUAACACACUAACAAUGAAAAUUUCUGAGGAAACUUCCAGGAAUUUGCAUAUAGAGGAAAACAUAGGAGAAACUAAGGAUGAACUUCUGGAAAAGAUGGUGGGCAUAGAUAAAAAACAUAAUUUGAAAGCCAAAAAAACCCAAGUCUUGACUGCAGAUGUUGAUAAUGAGCUAGUUGAACAACAGAGAAAGAUAUUUUCUUUAAUACAGGAGAAAAAAGAACUGCGACAAAUGUUAGAGCGCGUUACCGUGGAAAAGGAGCAACUGAAGACUGACCUGAGGGAGAGUAUUGACAUGACCAUUGAAAACCAGGAAGAGUUAAGAAUUCUUCGAGGUGAACUUAAAAAGCAACAAGAGAUAGUUGCACAAGAAAAGAACCAUACCAUAAAGAAAGAGGAAGAGCUUUACAGGACCUGUGAGAAACUGGCAGAGGCUGAAGAAAAGCUAAAGGAAAAGAGUCAACAACUCCAAGAAAAACAGCAACAACUUCUUAGUGUACAAGAAGAGAUGAAUGGGAUGCAGAAAAAGAUGAAUGAAAUGGAGAAUUUAAAGAAUGAAUUAAGGAACCAAGAACUAACAGUGGAACAUAUGGAAGUGGAGAGGCUAGAGUUGGCUCAGAAACUUCGUGAAAAUUAUGAGGACAUAAAAUCCAUAACCAAAGAAAGAAACGAUCUGCAGGAAUUACAGGAGUCAUUUGAAAUAGAGAGAGAGAAACUUAUAGAAUACGUAAGAGAAAUUGAAGUUAUGGGUCUGGAAACAAAAGAAGAACUAAAAAUUGCUCAUAUGCAUCUAAAAGAACACCCAGAAGCUAUUGACGAACUAAGAAGAAAUGUUUCUGAGAAGACAGCUCAAAUAAUAAAUAUUCAGAAGGACCUAGAAAAAUCCAAUACUGAAUUACAAGAAAAGAUCCCAGGGCUUCCUAAUGUGGAAGAAGUCAGUGAUACUCAGGAAAUGAUGGAUGAACUGGAGCUAUUGAAAGAACAAUCCAAACCCAAGGAUUCAGCAAAACUGGCAAGCACAGAAAUGGGAAGGCUCAGGUUGAUUGAAAAACUUCAAGAAAGUCCUGAAGAAAUAAAAUCUCUAACUGAGGAAAGAGACAACCUUAAAAUAAUAAAAGAAGCGCUUCAAGUUGACUGUGAGCAGCUGAAAGAAGAAGUUAGAGAAACUUUGGCUAAAAUCCAAGAGGCUCAAGACAAACAAGAACAGUCCUUCAAUAUGAAAGAAAAAGACAAUGAGAUUAAGAAAAUACUGAGUGAGAUGGAGCAGUUGAAGGAGAAACUCCAAGCCAAAGAGUUAGCGCCACUAAGAACAGAUACGGAAAAGCUGAGAUGUUCUGAGAGACCCCAAGACAGUCAUGAUGACGUGAGCUCUGUAGCUAAGGAGAGAGACAGCCAACAGCUGCUGCAAGAAUUUAUUCAGUCUGAAAGCAACCAACUCAAAGAAAACAGAGAAAUCAUGGCUAAAGUCCACGAGUUUCAUGAGAAACAGGAACAAGUUCUUUGCAUCAAAGAAGUCAGUGAGACUCAGGAAAAAAUGAGUGAACUGGAACAAUUAAAGGAGCAACUCAAAGCCAAAGAUUCAUCACUACAAAGUAUAGAAAGCGAGAGGCUCAUGUUGACUGAGAGACAUCGGGAAAGUCAAGAAGAAAUAAAAAUUAUAAUUAAGGAAAGAGAUGAACUGAAAAGGGCACAAGAGGCCCUUCAAAUGGAGAGAGGCCAACUCAAAGAAAACAUUAAAGAAAUUGUAGCUGAAGACCUGGACAAACAAGAGGAACUAAAAACUACUUAUAUUCUUCCAAAGGAGUACCAAGAAACUAUUAGUACAAGGAAUAUUUCAGAGAAGACAGAUCAAGGAGCAGGUAUUCAGAGAGAUUUAGAAAAUUCAGAAGCUGAAUUACAGGAAAAGAUUCAAGAACUUCAGGAGAAAGAACAUCAGCUUCCUAAGAUGAAAGCUGUCAGUGAGACUCAGGCACAAAUGUGUGAAAUGGAAUACUUGAAGAAGCGAUUUGAGGCCCAGAAGUCAACUCUGGAAAAUAUAGAAAUGGAGAACGUAAGGUUAACUCAGAGACUCCAAGAAAACCUUGAAGAAAUGAGAUGUGUUACAAAAGAAAGAGAUGACCUUAGGAGUGUGGAGGAGACUCUCAAAGUAGAGAGAGACCAGCUCAAGGAAAACCUCAGAGAAACCAUAACCAGAGACCUGGACAAACAAGAGGAACUAAGAAUUGCUCACAUGCAUCUGAAAGAGCAUGAAGAAACUAUUGAUAAACUCAGAGAAGUUGUUUCAGAGAAGACAGAUGAAAUGUCAAAUAUGCAAAUACAGUUAGAAAAGGCAAAUACUGCCUUAAAAGCACAGAUCCAAGAACUUCAAGAGAAGGAACAUCAACUUCUUAAGGCAAAAAAUGAUCUCAGGGAAAAUACACAUCAAACAGAGCAAUUCAGGAAGCAAUUAGAGGCCCAGAAUUCAACCCUGGAAAGUAUAGAAGCAGAGAAGUUCAGGUUGACUCAGAAACAUCUUGAAAACCUUGAAGAAAUAAAACUUGUUACUAAGGAAAGAGAUGGUCUCAGAAGAGUGGAGGAAACCCUCAAAAUGGAGCGAGACCAGCUCAGGGAAAGGCUGAGAGAGAUGGAAGCUAAAAAUCUGGACAAACAAGAGGAACUAAGAAUUGCUCACAUGCAUCUGAAAGAGCACCAGGAAAUUAUUGAUCAACUCAGAGGGAUUGUUUCUGAGAAGACAGAUGAAAUGUCAAAUAUGCAAGUGGAUUUAGAAAAUUCAAACACUAAAUUACAAGCAAAGAUCCAAGAACUUAAAGCAAAUGAACAUCAACUUUUUAAGUUAAAAGAAGAUGUCAGUGAGACACAGAAAAACAUGUCUGAAAUAGAGCGAUUGAAGAAACAAUUCAAGGCCCAAAGUUUAACUCUGGAUAAGAUAGAAAUGGAGAACUUAAAUUUGGCUCAGAAACUUCAUGAAAACCGUGAAGAAAUGAAAUCUGUAAUGAAAGAAAGAGAUAAUCUAAGAAGAGUAGAAGAGAUUCUCAAACUGGAGAGAGACCAACUCAAGGCAACCUUACAAGAAACCAUAGCUAGAGAUCUGGAAACACAACAAGAACUAAAAAUUGCUCGUAUGCAUUUGAAAGAACACCAAGAAACUAUUGAUAAAUUCAGAGAAAGAGUUUCAGAAAAGACAAGUCAAAUUUCAAAUAUUCAAAAUGAUUUAAAUAAAUCUAAAGAUGAAUUACAGAAAAAGAUUCAAGAACUUCAGAAAAAAGAGCUUCAACUUCUUAAAAUGAAAGAAGAUGUCAGUAAAACUCAUAAAAAAAUGAAUGAAAUGGAACAAUUGAAGAAGCAGUUUGAGGCCCAAAAUUUAUCUAUGCAAAGUGUGGAAAUGGAUAACUUACACUUGACUAAGAAACUUCAUGAAAGCCUUGAAGAAAUAAGAAUUGCAGCUAAAGAGAGAGAUGAGCUAAGGAGGAUAAAAGAGUCUCUCAAAAUGGAAAGAGACCAAUUCAGAGAAAACUUAAGAGAAAUGAUAGCUAGAGACCAACAGAAACUGGAAGAGGUAUUAAAAUAUGAAAAAAUGUUUCUAUGUGAUGGAAAGGAGCACCUUACAGAAAGCCUGAGAGAAAAGUGCUUUAGGAUAAAAGAGCUUCUGAAGAGAUACUCAGAGAUGGAGAGUCAUUCUGAGUGCUUAAAUGGACUCUCUCUUGACUUGGAGAGGGAAAUUGAAACCCAAAGAGAGCUUUCAGUUAGAGUAAAAGCAAACCUCUCGCUUCCAGCUCCACAAACCAGACAGAUUCAGAAACUUCUCACCACCAACCAGAGAUGCUCCAUGGAGUUCCACAGAGUCGUGAAGAAACUCCAGUUUGUUUUAAGCCACGUUACAAAGAUAAAAGAAGAACAACAUGCAUCCAUCAGUAAAUCUGAAAUGAUUUUUAUUGAUGAAGUGGAAAAGCAAAGUGAACUGCUAAUUAAAAUACAGCACCUUCAACAAGAUUAUGAUGUACCAUCUAGAGAAUUAAGGGACCUCCAGUUGAGGCAGAAAAUGGAUCUACAUAUUGAGGAAAUUCUCAAAGAUUUUUCAGAAAGUGACUUCCACAGCAUAAAGACUGAAUUUCAACAAGUACUAUGUAAUAGGAAAGAAAUGACCCAGUUUUUGGAAGAGUGGUUGAAUACUCAUUUUGAUAUAGAAAAGCUUAAAAAUGGCAUCCAGAAAGAAAAUGAUAGGAUUUGUCAAGUGAAUAACUUUUAUAAUAAAAAAAUAACUGGUAUAAUGAAUGAAUCAACAGAGUUUGAGGAAAAAAAUGCGACCAUAGCCAAAGAAUGGGAACGUGACCUGAAAUCAGUGAAAGAGGAGAAUGAAAAACUGUUUAAAAACUAUCAAACUUUGAAGAUGUCUCAGACAUCUGGUGCCCUUGUUAAUCCUGCUACACAAGACGCUAAGAAUCUUCAUGUCACAUCAAAAGCUACACAACUAACCACAGAGACAAUUCAAGAGCUGGAAACUGCACUCUGUGAAGCGAGAAAAAGUGCCAUGCACAAGGAAGACAAGAUUAUAGAGAUGCAGAGAGAACUAGAGGUGACUAAUGACAUCAUAGCAAAACUUCAGUCGCAAGUUGAUGAAUCAAAUAAAUGCCUGGAAAAAACGAAAGAAAUGAUCCAAGUGCUUCAGGAGAAAGUUGCUUUAGGAGCUAAGCCCUAUAAAGAAGAAAUUGAAGAUCUCAAAACAAAACUGGUGAAAAUAGACCUAGAGAAGAUGAGAAAUGCCAAGGAGUUGGAGAAGGAAAUUACUUCUUCAAAAGCCACUGUAGAACAUCAAAAAGAAGUUAUAAGGGUAUUGAGAGAAAAGCUUAGAAGAAAUCAACAGGCCCAAGAUACUUCAAUGAUAUCAGAACAUGUUGAUUCUCAGCUUUCAAAGAAACCCUUAACCUGUGGAGGUGGCAGCGGCAUUGUACAGAGCACAAAGGCUCUUAUUUUGAAAAGUGAAUAUAUACGGCUAGAAAAGGAAAUUUCCAAGUUAAAGCAGCAAAAUGAACAGCUAAUACAGCAAAGGAAUGAACUGUUAAGCAAUAACCAUCAUCUUUUCAAUGAGGUCAAAACAUGGAAGGAGAGAACUCUUACAAGAGAGGCUCUCAAAGAAGCGACUUGUGCGAGUUCUCCCAAGUCUCCUAAGGUGACUGGACCAGCUUCUAAGAAGAGACAAUGUACGCCUUCUCAAUGCAAGGAACAGGAUUUACAAGAUCCUGUGCCAAAGGAAUCACCAAAAUCUUGGUUUUUUGAUAGCCGAUCAAAGUCUUUUCCAGCACCUCAUCCAGUUUGCUAUUUUGAUAACUCAAGUUUAGGCCUCUGCUCAGAAGAACAAGCUGCUGGAGCGGAGCGAGUGGAUCCUCAGCCGGGCCCCUGGCGCACGCCCUCAGGAAGAGCUGUGCCCGAGUGCAAGACUCAGUAGACUCCUCUCCCGCCACUUCCCUGGGGCCUGGCGUCCCUUGUUUGGAAACGACUGUAUUUGUUACUUUGUUUGUCUGUCCCUGGCAAUGAUGUCACAGUCUAACUUAAUUUAAAUUCAGUUUUCACUUUGCCACUAGAGUUAGAAGACGAAGGAAUAGGAAAUUAAUGCAUUCCAGUAAUUUAGAAUGGUGACAGCAAUACUUUCUUCCUGAAUGUGGUAAAACUUGAGAAGCUGAAUUGUUUUCUUUAUUUAUAUAUUUUGUAAAGAAUAAAGUUGUUGAAGGAAAUUUCCAGUCUUUCCAUGUGUACAUUUCAUUAAUGUAAAGUUAUCCACAUGUGACUUACAUAAUACAUAAAUUAAUAUAUAGCAUCAUUUAACAAAAUUAUAA